AUGUUUUCAUUGAUCAAUUUGACGGUUUGCCAAUACAAUAGUUUUAAAGGUGUUUUUUUCAAGCCACCUAAAAAUAACGGUUUUGGGAUCUUUGCGAAAUAUAUAAAAUGGUGGAAUAUACAUACACACCGCUGCAAUCAUAUCAACAGACCGCCUGUUAACCAGGAAAUGUAUGGCUACGGUCGUUCUUUUGUUGCCGACUGGGCUCGUACUGGUGCUGUUAGCAUAAGUCAUCCCUCCGAUGAAUUCCAGAUUGAAAGUCAAAUGUCCACGAAGCUGGUUGGUAAACUUCAAUAUUUUCAUAACCCUGUUCCAUUAUUACCAACACACUACUCAUAUUCAGUAUCAGGAACCAAUAAAUCUUCGUUUAAUUAUGAUAAACAACUCGAAGAAGAAAAAGGAAAAAAUAAAAAACUGGUUGAUUCAUCUACUGUUCGGGAUUACGGCUAUGAACAGUUAUUGAACGAUUAUAUUUUAGGUGAACAGGCGUGUGCAGCAUUUUUAUGCGGUAAACUCCAAGGAUUAUUACGUGCCAAUAUUUCUAAGUUUAUCCAAAUCAAUCAUAAUAUCAAUGGGAGAAAUAAUGAUGAUGCUAUUGUCCCUGAUGCAAAAUACAACAGUAUUUCACAUCAUUUUAUUGAACAGUUAUUUGAUAUCUCUGAAAAGGGAUUGAAUGACUGUGGUUCAGUCGAUUCACAGAAUAAAUUAAUUGAAAGAAUACAGAAUUUAAUUGUUUCCUGCACAAAAUCAACAGAUUCUUUUCCUGGAUCUUUAUUACCGUCACUUAAUGCAAAUGCUACUUCCAGGACUGCUAUUGUUGUUGGUAACAACCAGCCAUCAACAAAACGACGCCGGCUAACAACAAAGCCAUCAAAAGCAACAAAGGCUAUCGCUUUCGAAACUGGUGAAGGUGUUGAUAGUAGUGCAUCUGGGAAAUCAGAGCAGUUACUACCUUGUACUAUCGGUAGACUUCUCUAUCCAGGUCAUUCAUCAUUGUCCUCAUCCAUAUCGUCAUCAUCUACAACAUUAUGUAGUUCAGAUAAUUUAACAUUUGAAUCCGACUAUAGUAGGCUAUUAGCAUCUUUUGAUCCAUUAGUUAUCAGAUUAGCAAGUCGAAUUGUAAAUCCGAAUUAUCUCGGGAAUGGUUUAUUAUGCAAUGUAAGUACACAUAAAUAUCAGUCGUCUACAAAUCAGUCUGACAUACUCUUAUGGUAUUCACUUCAAACAAAUUCCUUCUGUAUUGGCAAAACAUCAAAUCUGUUGAAAACUAAUAUUCAUGAACCAAAUCGUUUCUCAGUUCUUCCCAUUCCAUUGACAAAACUCUCAUCUAGAUCAUUUUGUGAGCUUGAUGCAUGUUUUAGUGAAUCAAGUGAGAAUAUCGAUAUAGUCGGUCGUUUAUUGCCAACAUCGGGCAGUAAGACAAGUAUUGUUCGUAUGCAAAUUAAGGUAAACGAACUGAACAUGUCUAACUCAUGUAUUGACAACGUUAAUUUAAUACGUAUUUCAUCAAGUAAUUAUGUUACUAGUAUAUGCAUGAGUCGAUGGAUUCCAGGGGAAUGGUGUAUGGCCGGUAAUUAUGUGGACGAAAAAAGGGAUCGUAAAGCUAGUAUUCGGUUGUAUAAUUCAGAAGAUACUCAACUGCCUAUAUGGUCUGGUCACGUAAAUUUAGGCAAUUAUAUGGAAAAUAUAACAAAGGAGAACUCAUUGUGCUUGAAGAGUAUAGCAUCAUCGCCAUCUAAACAAGAUCCGGUUCAAUCAGAUAUUGAAUCUUAUUGUACACGUACAUCACGGAAACAUCUUCUACACCAGCAUUAUCCCAAUUAUCAUUGGUUACGUGUAGGAUUUGGAAGUUAUCCGGGUGAAUUGUGUCUGACAACCACACGUCGUAUCCUAAUUUUUGACACCCGUACAGCACCAUCUAGUGCUUACCAACUGUUCAACACUUCAGAACGCUCGUUUUUAUUGAAUUCAAAUGAUCAUCUCACAUAUUCCCCACCUAAGUGGAUUGGUGAUGUAUAUGUUUUAGCUGGUGGUUACUAUAGCAUGGUUUUACUGGAUAAACGUAUGCCUAAUCGAACUGUAUUACAUUGGUCUCAUAAUCUCACGAAACCGUUGGCAUAUCUUACUUGGACUGAAAUAGAUAAUCAAUAUCAUUCAACGCAUGAUAUUCCACAAUUUCUUAUUUCUAUAACUUCUCAAUACCCCGCAGAUAUGUCUACAUUUGGAUUGAAUCUUAAUUCUUCCUCAGGUCCUCAGUAUAUUGGCCCGUGUCUGUCCGGAAUGCCAUUAACAAGUUUAGUUUCAUCACUUCGAUCUAAUGAUCUCUUUCAAUUCUACAAUCAAAAUCCACUGCUUAAAGGACGUUUACAAAGUUCUAUUUGCGGGAUUACAACACAUUAUUCACCAGAUAUAAAAAAUCAAUUUCAUACAUUGUUACUCACACCAUAUGGAGAUCUAUUCGAUUAUUGUGCUUAUCUAACAUCAAAUGGUAUUAAUACCGAUGAUUAUGACGUUGUAGAGAGCUAUCAUGUCAAAAGUCAAACAAUUAUUACAAAUUGGUUAUCUGAACUUAGUUGCAAACCUGAGAAUAAACAGCAUGAUAAAAAUUCUGAAGAGAAUGCAAAGUUAUGUAAACAGUCGGAGCUCAAAAAUCAUACAGGCACUUUAAACCUAAGCAAUAUUGUUUCUGAACAGCGGCAAAGCGUUACAAAUAAAGUGAAUACCGAGUCUACUGAAGCGGAAAGUACUGGUGGUAGUAAUACUAAUAAUAAUAAUGAUUAUUUCACUUUAAAGCGUCGUUUAAAUACAUCAGAAUCAUUUAUGAAUAGUUCAACGAAGUCCUCAAAGUGGUUAUUAAGUGAUUUAAAAUCAAUAUGGGAUUAUGAUCAAGGUGAAAAAUUAAAAUAUGAUAACCAAAAUGCAUUAGGAUUCACUUCAGUGUUUCUUGACAGUUUAACAGAAAAUCGUAUGCAAGAGGAAAUUUUUCAUCAAAAACUAAUUACUAGCAAUGAUUUAAAUGAAUUAUUAGAUCAACGUUUAAUUAAAUUAAAGAAAUUAUAUAUUGCUAAUGCUUUUACUAAGUCUGUAGGCGAUUGUAACGAAAGAUGGCCAUGUGUGUUGACACCAGUAUUGCCUGAAGAAUGUGUAACGUCGUUAUUUCAGUCUGAGUGCUAUACUGCCGAAGAACUUUAAAAGUCUGCCUAAUAUUUCGUACAUAUUAUGUAUGAAAAUAAGAUCUGGGAGCAAUUUAUUAUGCAUAUAUAUAGUACAUUAUGUAUGUUGUACAUAACAAAUUGAAAAUAAAUGCACUUUUGCUCCAUG